GCGGCGGCGCGUCUACAAUCCGCUCGAGCGACGAGUAAACAACCGAAAGACCAACAGCGGAUGAUUCUCGUCAUUUCUCGGCGAGACUCGGCGCUCGGCGGACGUGGCGACUGCUUUCCUUCCCAACCCGACCCGUCACCGACCCUGCGUGUAAAUGUUCACAGACAAGAUGAUGAUGUCCCCGUGGGACCGCUGGUACUCCACAAGCUGCUGCCUGUGUUGCCAUGUCCGCACAGGAACCAUCAUCCUGGGGGUCUGGUAUAUGCUCAUCAAUGCCGUGGUGUUGCUCAUCCUGCUCACGGCCCUCAGUGAUCCAGAAAAGUAUCAUCUGACCAGUGCCGAGUUGGCCAAUGACCUGGAUGUCAUGGAUGAUGCCAACAUGUGUAUUGCCUCAGCAAUCUCCCUGCUGAUGAUCCUUAUAUGUGGAAUGGCAGCAUAUGGUGCAUAUAAGCUGCGUGCCGCAUGGAUCAUCCCCUUUUUCUGCUAUCAAAUAUUUGACUUUGCUCUCAACGCCCUGGUGGCUGUCAGCAUUGUGGUGUAUCCAAACACAAUACAGGAUUACCUACAGCAGCUGCCAGAUAAUUUCCCUUACAAAGAGGAAGUCGCUGCGCUCAGUAACAUCUGCCUGGUCCUCGUUGUGCUGCUCUUCAUUGGCUGCAUCAUCGGCUUCAAGGCCUACCUGAUCGCCUGCGUGUGGAACUGCUACAGAUACGUGAGCGGCAGGGGCGGUUCUGAAAUCCUGCUCUACGUCACCACCAACGACACCACGGUGCUGCUGCCUCCGUAUGACGACAACAUCAGCGUCCCGUGCAAACAGGCUCCUCCGUCCUACAUCUCCGCUGAGGCGACGGCAUGAAAACAUUCCGAUGUCGGGAUCCUGCAGAUUGGAUCCUCCUGUUAGCACUCGAUACGACACACUCCCAGCAAAACGACUGCCUCUCCAGUUAUCACUAUGUUCAUAAAUAUCCACGAUAGCACACAUCGCUCAGCGAUCUCCCAUUCCUUCUUGGCGUUACCGACCAACUUGUAAUUUAUCAGUUCUCUUCCUCUUAGGUUUAUCCAGGAGCGAUUAGCCUUGUGCGCUUUAGAUUCUGGCUGAAAUGAAAUGAAAGCUGUAGGGAGUCGCAUACAUUACAUAUAUUUUUGUGAAUUCUAUUUAUUCUUUGUGCGUUUGUAACAGUAUUAUGUGGAUCUUAUUUAUCUAGUCGUAUUUAUGUUAUGCUCAAAUGCAACAGUAGCUGCGUUUCCAUUACAAAUGUGCGCAAAUCUAUGUUAAAAACCCCCAACUAAACAAAAAUUUGCAAUUGCGAAAAAACUUGUUUCCAUCAAAUAAGAAAUGAAGCUAAAGCCACACAUGAAUAAGCUUGUUCACGCAAAACUUGACCCAAAACUUGGUAUCCUGCGUUUUGGGGAAAUAAUAGUCUGCGAUUUUACAGAAGAGUUACGGAUUCCAAACAUUUGAAUGACACACAUUCAAAUGCCACAUAUUUGUUCGAUAUGAACAUCGUAUAGUUCAUAUUCUUAUGAACUAUGCGAUGCUGUGAGAGCUCUGGUGGAGCCAGCUGCAUGUUGUCAGAAAAAAAUAAAAGCAAACCAUCAUCCUGCUACCACUUCCUGUCAUCUUCUUUGUCGUUUCCGCCAGUAGUAACAUCCGGCUGUUGAACACGUGACGCGAAAAAAGUCACGUGAAAAAGUGAACUGUUACAUCUAUUUUGGCUGAAACGCGUCUAUUUCAUUCGGCUGAAGAACCACCUGAACACACUGUAAAAACCUUUUUAUUGAAACCAGUGAGUUUCGUUUUAAAUUUGGCAUGUUUCCGUUCAGCAAAUUUAUUUUUAGAACUUAAAUUUGCCCAAUUCUAUAGUUAAUGGAAACGCAGCUAGUGAACGGUAUGGAUCAGCGAUCGGUAUCGGUCUCGUCUCUGCUCGUGAUCAGGGUUGGAUUGCCUUCUCUCUGUCUCUCUCUCUCUCUGUCUCUAUAAUGGGUUGCACUUUAUCUGCUCGUGUAUGAAGUGUCCCCUUAACUUGAAGUUUUCCAAAGAGAUGUAUCUGCCUGUAUUCUGACGUGAUCAAAGAGCCGCCCUAAUGUACAUCACCAAGCAUAUCACCUCUUUUUCCUGUGUUCUUUUUGACUGAAUUACGUGACUGUAAUCAGGAGCGUAGCGUUGUGAACUUUUAACCGUGUUUCUACCGACCGACGAAGAACUUCUUAGCUUAGCUGCACUUUCUAUUUUUGAAGCACAUUAGAGGCGCUGAUCUAGAAUCAGCUUGCUGUGCGAAUGAGGGGAACCUGGAGCGUUGGGAAAGCAGGUCCUGCUUGUGUUUUAUCGAUCAAAGACAAAAAAACAACAAAAAGAAGCAGCUUUUUGCUCUGUGUAAACAUUACACAACCAUGUUCCUCCAGACUUGUUGGCUUGUUGCUGCCUGAAAACAAAACGUUCUGCAAGGACGCGAAAGUCACUGUUUCAUGGAAAUAAUCGAUGAGACAUUUUUGCCUAUUAAAACCAAAUUUCCUGA